AUGGUCUCUGGAAGCGAUCCCUUCCAGACUCUGCAGCUGACAGACGAAGAGCAGCAGGACUGCUACGAUCGCGCGUUCCAACUGCUCGAUCGCACGCUGCGCAGCUAUGAUGAGAAAGACGAUCAGGCAGAACACGGCCGGUCUCACACUCCGCUUCCCCAUUCCAACCUGGACAACACGCGCUGGAAGCUGCUUAAAACUCAAGAAAAUGCUUCACUUUACAAGGAGCGCAACUCCUGCACGCUCCAAGACUAUAACCUCCUCGGUGGCGACUGGAAAGAUCCCGUGGUGCUCCUAAUGGCCGGAACGAUCAAUGGUGAUCUCGACGGAAUCGUCUUCGGCCUCGAAACUCCAGACUCGAGUGCCUUAAGGACUCGACUCGCGUUAUUCACGAAGCAACCCGUGGACUGCGCCGUCUUGGCUCAAUUAGCGGGCCCAACCGAAGCUGAUCCGUUCCGAUUCCUUGGCAUCACGAGGAUGGUGUACAACCACAAAUGGCCACUCAAAGCGAUGAUCAAGCGACGAGACUUCGUGACGCUGACAGCGACAGGCACGAUGACUCGAGCAAAUGGUGACCGCAUCGGAUACGAAGUGGUGCAGCCAGUUAAACUUCAGCGGUGUCCUCCGCUGUCUGGCACGGUUAUCCGUGGGAAGGUCAUGUACGCCACGAUACUAAAGCAGCAGGAACCUGGCACUGUGGACGUCUACAUCCACACGUACGUCGAGACACAGGGAUUCAUUCUAGACAAAUUGGUCAUGGCUGUCACGUGGAGGGCAAAUAUCGGGUGUUGGAGCGCUAAUAAACUCGUUGAAAUGAAGAAACUACAAUGGUAUAUCGCCAACUGUCGGUCCGAGCGUCAGAAGCAGCAACAGCGAGCAUACCCGUCAGCUCGGAGCAUCUGCAGACAGUGUUACGAUAGACGGGGUUUGGUAAGAAGGCGUGGCAGUGGUAUAUAUGAUUACGACGGAACUUGCGUCCUGUGUACCUUUCCGAUGUGCUACAAGUGUCGUGUGGAGAAAACACUCGAAAUACUUGACGAGAACAGCGGAAGGCUAAAGCGUCAACUCGUUCUGGUGUGUCAGCCAUGCUGGAUGUUUGUGCAGACAUUAUGCCCCAUGGCUAUUGCGAGGCUGAACUACAAGCAACGACAACGGCAGUUGUAA